AUGAACAGACAGAACAUGAUCCAAGGAAUAGUUUCAACUUUGUUAUUCCUAGUAAUUCACCUAGGAGGAUCAAAUUGUCAGUUUAUGCCUUGGCCCACUAUUGUCAAUCGUCCACUUUGUCUCCACCAAUUUGCACUUGUGAACAAUGCAUGUCGAUUUUUGCCAUAUUCUCCUUUGCCUCCACCAUCUCCAGCAGCACCUGUACCUGACUCUACACCCGCGCCCUCACCAGAACCGUUACCUCCUUCUCCUCCGAGCCUGCCCCACGUAGAAACUCCUGCAGAAGAAGAAUGUUGCAGGUGGAUGAGAACGGUCGAUAGCGAAUGUGUUUGUGCCCUAUUGGCUCAUUUGCCUACUUUCCUUGUCAGGCCUAUCCAUCAGUAUACUGCUGUGGUUGAUCCAGCUUGCAGUGUCACUUUCACGUGUAGUUCGUCGAUUAGGGUAGUAAAUGAUGAGAAAUCACCGCGGUCUGAAAAUGAUGAGAAAUCACCGCGGUCUGAAAAUGAUCAGAAGUCACCGCAAUCUCCAUGA